AUGAUAUGCAUCUGUAUUGUCCUCAUGUUCUGCCUGGGUGCAGUUCACAGUCAGUUCCCCAGAGCCUGCACAACAGAAGAAGCUUUAGAUAGCAAGACAUGCUGUCCUUUAUGGAAGGAUAGAAGCCCUUGUGGAGCUCGCUCAGGCCGUGGUCGAUGUCGUGAUCGGGUCGUGUUUGCUACAUUUGCAGCACAACGAGUCCCCCAAUAUAAUGAUGACCGGUUAAAUUGGCCACACUUUUAUUAUGACAAUACUUGUGAGUGUUUUGGAAACUACAGUGGCAGUAACUGUGGUGACUGCAAAAAUGGCUAUUUCGGGGACAAAUGUGACAGGAACGUUAUUGUGGAAAGAAAAGAUAUUCGUGAAUAUUCAUUGCAAGAGAGAAAGAGAUUUUUUAGUUACUUAGCUCUUGCUAAAACAACAAUAAGUAAAGAAUUUGUUGUCCUGACUACUGGAGACAGACACCAUCUUGACACAUAUCGCUUUGUGGAUGCAACUAUUUAUGAUGUAUUUGCUUGGAUCCAUUACUAUUCUAUGAAACCGAUCAUGAGGAACAGCUCAUUUGAUAGUUCUAAAAACUAUGCCCAUCAGGGCCCUGCUUUUCCUGGGUGGCAUCGUCUUGGACUCAUGUUUUUGGAGAGACAAAUACAGCUAUUGACCGGAGAUGAAACCUUUGCUCUUCCAUAUUAUGACUGGCGCGGAGAGAAGAAUUGCUCAAUCUGCACUGAUGAAUUUAUGGGAGCUAAUGAUGUACAAGGGAAGAUCAGUCGAUAUUCUUACUUUGCUUCCUGGAGGGCCAUUUGCAGUGGAUUUAAUUAUAUAGAUGCCUAUUGUCCUAAUGCUGUAGAAGAGUAUCAGAUGGAGAAACUACGCAGGAAACCUGGCACCAAUCCUUUGGCAAACAAAAUAGCCUCCUUCCAAGAUGUUGAAGAUGUGCUCAAAUGGUCAGACUUUGACAGAUUUCCAUAUAAUAGCACAGCAAGAAAAAGCUUUCGAAAUGCUUUAGAAGGUUUUCUGAGAGCAUCAGAUGGUGAAACUUUGGAAAGGAACAUGCACAACCUAUUCCACAUAUACAUUGGAGGAACCAUGGCUCAAGUACCAAUCUCCAGCAAUGAUCCUUUGUUCUUUCUUCACCAUGGCUUUAUUGACAAGAUAUUGGAGACAUGGAUAAUAAAAUAUCGUGGUACUCCUAAUGUAUAUCCUGAAAACAAUGAGCCAGGACAAGGUCCUAAUGAAUGUUCUACUCCAUACUUUCCAUGCUACAGAAAUAAAGAUUUCCUCCAGAGAUCCACAGCUUUUGGUUACACCUAUUCAAAAUAUAAAGGCAUGUGAAGAAGGCAUAAUUAACUGUGCAAAGAGUGCAAAAAGUAAAUGAAGAAGUUGCUAUUGAAAAAAAGAAAGUCUCUAAAUGAAGUAAAAAAGUUGUAAAAAGUAAAUAUUUUUUUAUCUAUAUUGUGGUACCUAUCCUCUCUAAUACACAAGUAUACUCCAGCCCGUCCACUAAGAUCCAACAAUGACUUGCUCCUUGCAUCCGCAACUAUCACCUCCUCUCAUGCUAGACUGCAGGACUUCUGUCGUGCAGCACCUACCCUCUGGAACACUCUCCCUUGUGCUGUCAGGCUUUGCCCUAAUCUUUCUUCCAUUAAAUGUUCCCUGAAGACUUUUCUGUUCAGGGAAGCCUACCACCCAACUCAAUAAUAAAUUAAUUUCACUUACCUAAAAUUUCCCUCAUCUAACUCUGUAUCAACAACAUCUUUCUCAAUCUUGCAGUCCUCACCUCCUGUUUCUCAACCUCCUACCCCUCUAGAUUGUAAGUUCCAACGGGAAUAGGACCCUCAAUCUCU